AUGUGCAACGCCCGCAAACUCACGCACGAUAGCGCAAUCAGUGCAACGCACAUCGACCAGACCACAGCGAACAUGCCUCACGCAACAGAAACACUCGCCAACGGCGAGAAGCACUCGUCGCAGUUCAUCUCGCACUUCACUUCCCUGCCUGCCGUCAACGACAGCAUCGGCGCGUUCAAGAGCAACCCGUACGGAAAGAAGUCUCUUGAGCUUGUCGAUGGCGCCUACAGCCGCUUCGGCAAGCCUGUGGAGCCAUACCUUCAAACGCCCUACAGCUACGCCAAGCCAUAUGUGCAAAAGGCAGACGAGCUCGCUGACUCYGGCCUGAGCUGGGGUGAGAACAAGUUCCCCAUUGUAAAGGAGGAGACUGGUACCAUUGUCGACACAGCCAAGGGUUACGUUCUGUGGCCAUACAGCUACGUCUCGCAGACCUGGCAAGACGAGUACAAGAAGACCGCCUCGCACAACGAGCGUGGGCCUGGCCUUACCACGUCCGGCCUUGCCCUUAUCAGUACUGAGCUGCGUAUUGCCACGGACGUCUUCCAUACCAUUGUCAACUUCCUCGGACCAAAGGCGCAGGAAGGCAAGAAGAAUGCCUCCGACUAUGCCCAUUCGAUUGGAGAGAAGGCACAAGACUUGAAGCAGAACGGCGAGAAGAAGGCCAACGACUACGCCAAGGUUGGCCAGGAGAAGGUUAACGACUACGCCAAGGCUGGCCAGGAGAAGAUGAACGAGGCCAAGCAGUAUGGCGAGGAGAAGAAAGAGCAAGGAGAGCAAAAGGCUCAAAAGGCAAAAGAUGAGGCCGGGAAGAAGACUCAGAAGUAG